CUGUGAUACACACACAUACACACACAAAUACACACACCUGUUAUCACACUGUCUGUCCAUCAGAUAACAGAUCACCUGUCUCCAGGUGGGGGCGGUGUCUGACUGAUGUCAGGUGUCCAAAAGAUCCAUGUUUCCACGGUGAUGAUGAAGAAGAUGAUGAAGAAGAUCUGGACUUUGUGAAUGAAUCUGGUCACUAACUGCCAGCCGUUUCCAUGGAAACCGGUUCAGCUGCUGCAGUGCGGGGCGUCAGCCUCCAUCCCGUCCGGUGCUGCCUAUCAGCCGGUUCUGGUCCGGUCAGCCGGGUUUAGUCUGGGUUUAGUCCCAGUCUGCGGUAUCUGCAUUCUGCAGCAGAUCACAGAUCUCCGUUCAGAUUUCUGACAGUUCUACCGGUUCACAGUCCAGCCGGAUUAAAUCCAGACUGCAGGAUUUUAUCAUAAAAUCCGGUUUGAGAAAAUCCACCAAGACGCCGUUAGUGCAAAUGAACUCUCAACUUUUCUAAUGCUUGCCUCUGCUCGGUACCGCCUUCCGUGUGGGAGCGACGAGACGGACCUGGGUUUACAAAGAUCGACGUUUUACUGAAAUAUUUCCUCGGUGGUGUUCCUGGUGUAGGCCGAAGUGAGUGGGUCGUACCGGUUUCUAACAUCUCAUUUUUGAAGGUUUUGUGGAUCGGUGGGUUUUAUAGAGGAGCACAGACGCAUUACAGCACUAAAAUUUUAACGCAGUUCGGCGUGACGCGCCUACCGCAGAGGACAGCCGAGCUGAAGCGGGUCAGGAUUUUAUCUGAACAAAUGUUUUCUGUGUUGGGUGUGUGCCGAACCGAAGAGGAAAUCAUGUCGAUUUGUUUUAUGUCUGAUGUUUGAGAAUUUCUGAUUAUAAAUCUCAUUAAUUAGUAAAUAAAUUAUGUAAUGUGAUUUUUGAACGGAGUCUGGCGUGACGUUCCCUCCGCACAGAGGAGGUGAUUUGACUGAAAUCAGAGCUGCCGGCAGAUGGAAGCGUUGAUGUGUGAUACUCGUCGGUUUUAAGUUUUAACUGAAAUCAGCAUUAAAACGUAGAUUUCUUUUUUUAACGCAGUCUGGUAUGAGGUUUCCUCCGCAGAGACAGCGCUCAGCUGGCUGUGGACCUGCCACCUGCUCUCACGCUGACCAACUGGGAUUUUCUAUUCAACAGAUGUUCCCCAGAAAAGUGGAGAUUUGACUGAAAUAAUCGCAGCUCGGAGGACAGAGUUAGAGCCGAACAGAGGAGCGGACGGUGUUGAGCUAAGAGCUGCAGGUUGGACCUCUGACAGGCCGCCUCAGCGAAGACGCCUUAAAUUAUUAGAAUUCUGAACGGAGUCUGGCGUGACGCCCCCCCACCCCACCCCCACCGCUGGGAUCUCCUUGGAAACCGUCAGUGACUGUGACCCCCUCCUCUCGCCUCUCAUCAAGGAUGGUCGGAACCGAGACCCGCCGCCCGCUCUCCCUCUAACCACCAGGACCGAACCGGGCCGCCGGGCCGGCAGUGAGCAGAUGUUCUCCGGCUCCAGGAUGAACCAGGCCGGCCUCCUGUACGGACCGCUGGACGAGCUGCAGGAGCUCGCCUUCAUCGAGAGGCCGAUCCGCAGGAGUCUCAAGACCGCUGAGGAGAUUGAUCAGCUGACUGUGGACGAAGACCUGAAUGACAUUGAGAGAGCCGUCUACCUGCUCAGUGUGGGUCAGGAGGUGCAGAGAGCGAGCGUCAUCAGUAACCUGCCCGGUCUCGUCCGCCAGAAUCCAGCUGAGACAUUUCGUCGGGUCGUACCAAAGGUCCGGGAGGUCCUGAACGGAUCUGGAGCUGAAAUCCAGCUGGCAGCAGCGGCAUCGUUUUUAACCAUCCUACAGGACGACAUCAUCCUGAUCCACACCCACACCUACUCCAUCCUGAAGACAGUCCUGCUGCACCUGAACCACCGAGACACAGUUGUAAGCAACGCCUGGUUAGAGACUCUGCUGUCGGCCAUCAACGCAUUACCCAAGGAGACCAUCAAACAGGAGGUGUUGAACCCUCUCCUGUAUCAGUCUCAGCUGUCUCACUCUCUUCAGGCUCGUCUGGCCAGCUGUCGCAUUUUAGGAAAAGUCGCCUGCAAGUUUGAUUCCCACAUAAUAAAGAAGGAGUUGUUGCCGUUAGCUCGAUCUUUAUGUCAGGACGUGGAGUUUGAGGUCAGAUCUUGUAUGUGCCGUCAGCUGGAGAGCAUUGCCAGAGCAACCGGGGUGGACGACACCAGGACAGAGCUGCUUCCUGAACUGGUGGAGCUUGCUAGAGAUGAGGAGAGCAGCGUUCGCCUUGCUGCCUUUGACACCAUCAUCAACCUGAUGGAGAUGAUUGACAGCGAUGACAGACUCCAUGUGGUGGUUCCUCUGGUGAUGUCGGUGUGCGAGGUGUCAUCACAGGCAGACGAGGCCGUCAUGGCCUCUUUGUCAUUCCAGUUUGGGAAGCUUUGCAGUGGACUGGCAGGCUCUCUGUCAGACGAGCAAAGGGGCCGGUUGCUGCAGAGGUUUAAGGUGCUGUGUGUCACUGGUCUGCAGACUGAAGGAAACCAGAUGGACAUCAACAACGAGUCAAAGCUGAUCCGCUGCAACUGCUGCUACAACUUGCCGGCCAUGGUGGUGUUUGCUGACUCAGCCCACUUCCUGUCAGAGCUUUACCCAUCUUUCUCUGGUCUUUGCUGUGACCCAGAGGUCAGCGUUCGACGAAGUGCUGCAGCCAGUUUCCACCAGGUGGUGAAGUUGCUCGGUUCAAACGUCCACGUGGUCCAGAAAGAGCUUCUGGUUCUACUGCAGGACGAUGCUCUGGAGGUGCUGGAUGCGCUGAUGAAUCACCUAGAGGAAACUCUGGAGGCAGUUUUGUCCAGAGGAGAGAACCUGACACUGGACAGCAAGUUCCCGGAGUUACUGUCAGCUCUUUUGUUGGCGGAGCAGAAGGUCGGAUGUUCUCUGCGUUGGCGGCUGCAUGAGAAGCUGCUGCAGCGUUACAGCUGCCUGGCGAGACUGCUGCCUGGAGAACUGCUGCACCAGAGCUUCUCCCCUCGCAUCUUCAUCAUCCUCACCACCAAUAAGGUGUUGCCUGUACAGAAGGAGGCGGCACGAACGUUCUGCACAUUUCUGCGCUACAACCGCAAACAGGAGCAGCGUCAGGAGAUGAUGGAGCGACUGAUCCAAGAUCUGGCUCAGGGUCGGAGCUACUGGAACCGUCUAAGGUUCCUUGACGUUUGUGAAAUGGCCACUGAGAUUUUCUCCAGAAAAUACUUCAACAAACAUUUCCUGAUUCCGGCAUUGGAACUGGUCCAUGACCCCGUCGCUAACGUCAGAUACAAGCUGUGUCAGUUGUUGCCCAGGUUACGUUCAUCACUCCGACUGCCGGCUGAUAAACAACUACUGCAGCAGCUCGACUUCUGUGUCCAGAAACUCCUCUGCAGAGAGAAAGACAAGGACGUGGUGGCAACCAUCCGCAAGACAGUGUUGGAACUGGACAAACUGGACCUCACAGAGCCUUUUCAUAAGAGGCAGGAGAGGGAUUUACUGGACCAGAAGAAGGAGAAGGAGGAGACUCUGUUGCUGGAGAUGCUGGAGCGACAACAGAGUGAAGGGAAACCUAACUCUGAAAAACAUCCAGAGAGAAAACGAAGGGAAAGUAAGACCAGUCUGUCUGCAACCAAAUCCAUGUCUGUGUCCUCAUCUGGAGCUGCGUUGUCCUCUGGUAAGGAGAUGAGGAAGGCUAAAUUGUCAAGGAGUCGAUCCCUUAGCAGUCAGCCGACAACGUCCAAACCAGCCAAUUCAGACAGGCCCCUAAAGGUCAAAGAGCUGAGCAGUGCAUCUGGACCUGGAAAGUCCUCCAUGUUACAGAGCAAAGAUGACUCCUUGAGGACUGCCCACUUCACCCUGGCAACCCAGGCCACCUCCUCCAUGCCGGUCCUGAUCCGCAGCAACACCACCAGCCUUCUGGACAGGGCCAGUACAUUGGACCACAGAACUAGUUCCAUAGACCACAGGGCCACUUCCAUAGACCAGAGAGACCAUAGAACUGGCACACUGGAUCACAGAACCAGUAACAUGGACCAUAGGAACAAUAUGUUGGACCAGAGAACUGGUUCAAUGGACCACAGAGCCAGUACCUUGGACCAGAGAGACCAUAGAACCAGUACUUUGGACCAGAGAGAGCAUCGGACCAGUACCUUGGACCAGAGAGACCAUAGAACCAGUACUUUGGACCAGAGAGAGCAUCGGACAAGUACCUUGGACCAGCGCAGUAAAACGAUGGACCGGGGAUGCGGGAUUAAGGACAGCCAGUCCAGAAAGCUGUCAAUAAACAGGAAGUCGAACUCUUUCAACAUCCAGUCGGGACGAGACUGAAGAUGAUGAUGUCAUCAUACCUCCACCAGGCCAUCAGCCAAUCAACAGUCAGGGAGCGAUUUCAGGACAUUACUCAGAAUGCAACAGGACAUCAUCUCUGCCUUACAGUGACAGAGACAGUAGAGUCUGACUUCUAUUUGUAUCUACUGAGCACUGUGUAUUCUAAUGAUUUCAUCCUAUCACCUGAUUGGUUCAGUAAAUUCCACACAUGCAAGCUG